AUGGGGCGAAGGGAGUUUGACUUCGUGUACUUGGAGGCGAUGUGCGGCCGAGCUGCUGUGGAAUACUGGCGCCAACUUGUUGAGGAGGCGAAGAACUUCAAGGAGACACAGACCUGCCAGGAGAACCAGACGGAGACACAGACCUGCCAGCAGACGCAGACGGAGGAAGCAGCGGAGAGCGCAGCUCAGGCCGCUUUGGAGCAGAAAGAGGCGGAGGAUCAGCCGACGGAGGCCGCCCAGCAAUUGGCCGAGGACCUCGAAAGCCGCCAGGAGAAGGAGACGGAAGCGGAUCUUGAGGCAGAGCGCACACAACGAGCGCUGGAGGACUGUCCAGCCAAGAGAGCAGAGGAGAAGUUCGUCGUCAAGAACACGUUUCUGGAGCUGGAGAGCGAGCAGGGCCCCAAUCUGCAGCAGCGCUUCGAGCGGCUCCGGCGGGCGAAGACGGUCGCAGCUUUCUCUUGGCGCGAGGACAGCGCCGCCAGAGCUGCGGCCGACGUGCAGAACGCCGUGAACGGCCAUGUGAACGCCGUGACUGGCGCUGUGGUCGACGCGCAGGCCUGGCUGGCCAGCUGA